AACUUGAACAGUCUGUGAGGUGAGCCCGAUCGAAAUGGGGAUAAAGAAUGGACUCAGCCGAAUUCCUACAUUUUUCGGAUCCCUCACUGCUGAGCCCGUCGGUUAUCUUUACUAUUUCGCCUAUGGCGUCUAUACUCUCGGCGCUCAGAAAAUCCUGGAGCAGAAAACGUGCUUCCCGGACGCAGAACCAGGGCUUGAUGUCUACUGCAGGAACGACACCCUCCGUUCCGAUGCAUCAGACAUGAUCACUUUGAGAAGUGUAUUAAGAGAAGCUUUACCACCAUUUGUGUUGGUGGUAGCAGGUGCCUGGAGGGAUUGGACUGGACUUGCAUUUCCUCUUCUUGCCCUUAGUAUAUCUGGAUUAAUUCUGGCAGCUAGUGUAUCACUUAUAUCAGCCUAUAUAUGGCAAAUGUCACCACUACUGACUGCUGUUCUUGAAUCUUUAUUUGCUGGAAUUGGCGGUGGUUGGCAGCUAUUCCAUUUGAGCGUUUUCUGUUAUUUAAGUAACCGUACUUCAUCACAAGAAAGGACAGCCAGGUUUACUUGGCUUAUGGUCGCAAUGACAGCUGGAACGCUCACUGGUAAUUAUGUGUCAGGAACUUUGCUUAAAGCUUUGAAUUAUAGAUGGUUCUUCAUAUUUAUCAUUGCUGUUAAAAUAACAGCUAUUACAAUGGGCUACAUUUUUUUGAAAGAGAAAAGAAGACCACCACCAGAAGGAAAAAGUUUUUUAAAUCUUAAAAAGUUCUUGGUACCAUUUAACACAAGAAGUUAUUGUGUAGUGAAUUGGAUUAUGAUUUUGAACAGCUGGUUGCUGUAUUGUGCAUCUGUAGCUGAAGGAAGCGUUAGAUUAUUAUUUGCAGAAAAACAGUUUCCAAAUGAUAUGAAUGUGACUAACUUUGGUUAUUAUAUGGCAUACUGCAUUGCAAUACACUUUUUAGGUUUGCUUUUAUAUCCACCUUUACUGAUAAAAUGGUUAAAAAUGAGUGAUUUUACUGUCACUAUUAUAAGCUUAAUACUUUAUACAAUUUCAUACACUGGGAUUGGCUUAUCUGAAAAUAUUGUUGAGCUGUAUUUAUUUUCUACCUUGAAUCCCAUGAAGAAUGGGCUUAUUAUUCUUCAUAGAUCAAUUCUCACAAAAUGUGUGUGUGAUAGCGACUUAGGAAUAUAUAGCAGUUUUAUUGGAGUUGGUGAAGGAUUUAUUCCUUUGGGAACCCUUUUUUUGUACAAUUAUAUAUUUAAAAAAACAAUUGGAACCUGGCCUGGUGCUUAUCACUUGGUAUCUACUACAUUAGGUCUUGUAAUGUUAGUAAAUAUGUGCAUUGCUACAUUUCUGUAUAAGCGCCAGUGUUGCAAAGAAGGAGAUUGUAAUAAGGGCUGCAAAUGUUCCAAAGCACAUCAGGAAGAUCAAGUUUUUAGUGAAGCUGUAAAGAUUCAACCAGAACUUUAACAUUCUUUAGGAUGAUUUUGACUAAAUAUUUAAUGUUGAAAUAAUAAUUUCAUUACCUUAAAGUUAUCUCUUAAAAUUUAAUUUAUUUUCUGAAUACUCAUAAUUAUUAUUAAUUAAAACAUUUGAUAUAAAUUAUCAGUUCAUUCCUAGAACAGAAAUAAGGUAAAUUUUUAACAAAAUAAAUAUUUUGUCAUCUAUUAGCAGUAUAAAUCGGAACAUGAAUUAUAAUAUUUCCAGUUACUUCUGCUGUAAAUAA